ACAUUUGUGGCGGCCGCCGGGACCUGCUCCGGGGCCUCCACCCGCGGCCGCCGCCACGAUGCCCACGGUGGACGACGUGCUCGCCCAGGUCGGGGAGUUCCACCUCUUCCAGAAGCAGACAUUCCUCCUCCUCGCCCUGCUCUCGGCCGCCAUGCCCCCCAUCUACGUGGGCAUCGUGUUCCUGGGCUUCACCCCCGAGCACCACUGCCGCCCGAGCCCGGGAGCGGCCCAGCUGAGCCGGCGCUGCGGCUGGAGCCCGGCCGAGGAGCUCAACCUCACGGUGCCCGGCCCGGGGCCCGCGGGCGAGGCCUUCCCCCGCCGCUGCCGCAGCUACCAGGUGGCCUGGAACGGCAGCGGCCUGGGCUGCGCGGACCCGCUGGCCGGCCUGGCCGCCGACCGCAGCCUCCUGCCGCUGGGCCCCUGCGGGCACGGCUGGGCGUACGACACGCCCGGCUCCUCCAUCGUGACCGAGUUUAACCUGGUGUGCGCUGACGCCUGGAUGCUGGACCUGGUGCAGGUGGCCGUGAACCUGGGGUUUUUCCUCGGCUCCGUGGGCAUCGGCUACGUGGCAGACAGGUUCGGCCGGAAGCCCUGCCUCCUGCUCACCAUCCUCGUCAACGCCACGGCGGGAGUGCUCAUGGCCGUGGCCCCGACCUACCCCUGGGUCCUACUGUUCCGCCUGGUGCAGGGGCUGGUCAGCAAGGUGGGCUGGCUGAUCGGCUACAUCCUGAUCACGGAGCUCGUGGGGCUGAGCUACCGGCGCACCGUGGGCAUCUGCUACCAGGCGGCCUUCUCCGUGGGGCUGCUGGCGCUGGCGGGGGCGGCCUACGUGCUGCCGCACUGGCGCUGGCUGCAGUUCGCCGUGACCGUGCCCAACUUCUGCUUCCUGCUCUACUACUGGUGCGUGCCCGAGUCCCCGCGGUGGCUGCUGUCCCAGCACAGACACGCCGAGGCCACGCAGGUGCUGCGGCUCAUCGCCAGGAGGAACGGCCAGGCCGUGCCGGCGGCGCUCCAGUGCCUCCGAGCCGAGGAGGAAGCCGGCGAGAAGCCGAACCCGUCCUUCCUCGACCUGGUCCGCACCCCCCAGAUCCGGAAGCACACCCUGGUCCUGAUGUACAACUGGUUCACCAGCUCCGUCCUCUACCAGGGCCUCAUCAUGCACCUGGGCCUGGCGGGGAGCGACAUCUACCUGGACUUCUUCUACUCGGGCCUGGUGGAGUUCCCGGCCGCCCUGCUCAUCCUGCUCACCAUCGACCGCGUGGGCCGCCGCUGGCCCUGGGCUGCCGCCAACAUGGUGGCAGGGGCGGCCUGCCUGGCCUCCGUGUUCCUCCCGGAAGACCUGCAGGGGCUGAGAGUGGCGGUCGCGUGCUUGGGUCGCAUGGGGAUCACCAUGGCCUUCGAGAUGGUCUGCCUGGUCAACGCGGAGCUGUACCCCACCUUCAUCCGGAACCUGGGCGUCCUCGUCUGCUCCUCCCUGUGUGACCUCGGCGGCAUGCUGGCGCCCUUCCUGGUGUACCGGCUCACCGGCGUCUGGCAGGAGCUCCCCCUGCUGAUUUUCGCUGCGGUCGGCCUGGUGGCAGGAGGGCUGGUGCUGCUGCUGCCGGAGACCCGGGGACAGGCGCUGCCGGAGACCAUCGAGGAGGUGGAGAGCCUGCGGAGACCGAGGAAACACAGAGAAAAGAAGAUCUACCUUCAAGUCAAGAAACAAGACAUCCCACUGAACUGAGCGAGAUCCGCUCUGCACGCGCUUCGACAGCACCGGCUACAACCAGAUCCUGCUCUUACCCAGAGCCCACACACCCCCUUCCUUGUCUGUGAACCCCCGGAACCCAGACCUACCCCGAGUGGAGACGCUGCACGGAGGUGUCGCCCUCCACCUGCGGGACCAGAUCCGCAGCCCCAGCCCCUCCUCCCCAGCGUUCCUCGGACAAUGGCCUUGGGUGUGCUGGGGUCUUCAUUCCCACUCCGCGUUUCUUUAUUUUACUCCAUUCUCCGCAUGGAUAUCAAAUCAAGACACACAGGGGUGUUGUGAGCCAGGGAAACAGAACAGAUCUAAAAAGCAAUAAACUUGGACACAGAGAGCCUGUUUUCUUAAAGCAACGAAACAGCCAGAGCAAUAGCAAGCUGUCCAGACGCAUGCCAAGAGCUUUCGUCUCUUCGGCAUCGCAGGUGAAGAGGGAUUGGAACACGUGGGUCACUGUCUGAAUUAGGACUUAAGAGCCUGAAGUAGAAGGAUCAGGAAUGGCCACUGAGCAGCCCCUGGGUCUCUGUGUUUAGAGCAGACAGUGCCAACGUGUGCUUC